UGCGCCCUCUACGUCGAUGCAACAAACAUAAAUGCUGAAAUAGAGUCGGAGACCGAAGUCAGAUUUGUGAAGGAAAAGUGAUUUUGCGCCGUUCAUUGAGCUAUCUUUUCCAUUUUUUACGAUAUGGAUGAGGAAACAGUGGAAGAGACCAGUACAUCCAUGAAUGGAGGAGAACCAAAGCCCAACAUUGCACCGGAGGACACUCCAAACCAGGAGAAACUUGAAACGGACAGAGCAAUAGAGAUGAGGAAGAGAAUGGAAUCAUGGCUGAAUCAACCAAUGCGGAUACAGAUGACUGAUGGCAGGACGCUGGUAGGCACGUUCAUCUGCACUGAUAAGGAUAGGAACGUUAUCCUGGGCUCGUGUGAGGAGUACGUGAACCCACCAGAUUCACCUGAAAAGGAGGAGCCGAGAGUUCUAGGCCUUGCCAUGGUCCCUGGUCAACACAUAGUCAGCAUAGAAAUAGACGAAGCCAGCAACUCUCUCUUAUGACAUGCAGCUUCUACUCAUUGACUCUGUGAACCUAGUCAGCAAUGAGAGAUCGGUUAUCUAAUAUCUCGUGCAGCUUCUACUCAUUGACUCUGUAAAUUUACAUGUAGUCGGCAAAGUGAGAUCGGCUAUCGGCUAUUGGGUAUCUUGUGCAGCUUCUACUCAUUGACUCUGUGAAGUUAGUCGGCAAUGAAAGAUCGACUAUCUGGCAUCUUGUGCAGCUGCUGCUUCUACUCAUUGACUCUGUGAACCUAGUCGGCAAACAGAGAUCGGCUAUCUGGCAUCUUGUGCAGCUGCUGCUUCUACUCAUUGACUCUGUGAACCUAGUCAGCAAACAGAGAUCGGCUAUCUGGUAUCUUGUGCAGCUGCUGCUUCUACUCAUUGACUCUGUGAACCUAGUCGGUAAACAGAGAUCGGCUAUCUGGCAUCUUGUGCAGCUGCUGCUCCUACUCAUUGACUCUGUGAACGUAGUCGGCAAACAGAGAUCGACUAUCUGGCAUCUUGUGCAGCUGCUGCUUCUACUCAUUGACUCUGUGAACCUAGUCGGCAAACAGAGAUCUGCUACCUGGUAUCUUGAACAGCUUCUACUCAUUGAGUCUUUGAUUGAAGUGGGGACAGAAAGAUGGUAAUCUCUAUGAUGCACUUAGUAUACCCAAUGAGUCUUUGACCCAAGUUGGUGAAGAGAGAUCGGCUUAUUCGGCUAUCUCCACUAUGAUAUGCACCUUACAUGUGUACUUGAUGAUAACUCUGUGAAAUCAGUGAGUCAGCAAAGAGCGAUCGUCCAUCUCCUGCAGCUUAUACUCAUUGGGUCUACAAAUCAAGUGAGCAAGCAAAUUGAAAUCUCUGUUAUGACCAGCACCUUAUUAUACUUGGUGAGAUUGUGAUUCAAGUUAGCGAAGAGAAAUAAGCUGUCUCUGUUAUUAUGAAUCUUAUCAUUAAGGCUGUGAACAAAGAUGUCAGACUGUUUGGUGUCCUGCGAUGUCCAACCCUCAGAAACUUAUUUCAAUCGUAUCACUGGCAUUGAUACAUGCGUGCAGGAUUUGCCAGGAUCAUAGACGGACAUUGCAACUGCCAGACAGAGCAAGGCAAUGUGUUCAAUUUUCAUCAGAUGAACCAAAUACUAGUAUUUUCUUUUUCAUUACAUGAAUGCUUUAAUAGCGAGAAAACAUUUCAUGAUAAUAAUAAUAAUUAAAACGUUUUUGUAAAGCACAUAAUGCAAGGGCAUACUUGCAUAUCUACAUGUAUAUAUAUAUGUGCUCUACAGAAAAGAAUACAGAAGAAAUGGCAAAGGCGCACUGGGUCCAUAAUUGUGAGAUCUUGCAAAGUGCUAAAUAGAUUUAUGUUUUCAUUAUACUUCUGAGUUUUGAUUAUUUUCUAUACAUUUCUAAGCUAUUCUAGCAGGUUACGCCACAAAAUAGUGGCUGCAUAUGAAAAUCACUUUUCUCCAUUUCAUUUUGUCACAGUUGUGGGACAUAAAAUAGACUUUUUACUGGAA